UGUAUCUGGCUAGCUACUGCCGGUAAUUCUGAGUGUGCGAAUCGUGCCACAACUCUGGAAACCCUGAUUCCGCGAAUCCCGAUUUGGGGGUUGUUGGCACCUAUCAAGCGAUCACGUAACAGCUUCAUGGAAUCAUGGUUUCAGGGAUAGCACGUAGAUUCUAUGUAGACUUGUAGAUGCGCCGACGGUGUUGGUACGCAGAAAUCGGAAUUGUCAUUUCGAGCGACCCCUGCUUCGCUCUCCGAAGCAGAGUUCCUUGUCUUGUGGUACUAGCUAGCCAUGGGUGUGGACAGCGACCUGGACGAAUCCACAAGCACCAGUGGUGUUGAUGCCCAUCGACCGAGUAUCCAGGGCAAAGUUCGACCUGUGAACAGCGUUUACGCCAGUCGCUCGUCCUAUGGUUCAAUUGGCACUGCAUCCACUUCCGAACUCUCUGAAAUGGCUUCUCGGGGCGCAACACCAACGGAAGAAUCGCAGCCGAACACUCCUGGAUUUAUGACUGCUGGCGGUGGAGAUGGCCCUCUGGAAGUGCCUUCGCCCUCCAUCUCCACAAGCACUGCAGGCGGUGGUGCGGAUGUCACGCCCAAAUUGAAGCGUGUAAAGUCCAGCUUCGGAUCGAAGAGCCUAGGCUACUGGGCGUCAUGUUGCUUGAACCUGAACAAUUGCAUGGGACCUGCCAUGGUUCUACUGCCACUGGUAUCACAACAAGCAGGCUGGUUCACACCCACACUUGCUCUCCUGGUUGUUUUCGUCUUCUCCACAUUCGCCGGCACAAUGCUUUGUGAGGCAAUGCAGAGAAUACCAGGCAACAGCAGGUUUAGCGCAGUGCCCCGCAUUGAAUUUACAACAGCAGUGCGCCAUUACUAUGGAACUAAGGCAUACUAUGUGUUCCAGAUACUGUACACGAUCAGUCUUCAGGCUUUGAAUAUAGCCAGUAUGAUCAUCUCCUCGCAGGUGGUGGACAACUUCAUCUUCAAAGUUACCGGGAAUAAUUAUGCCCUGGACUACAAAACCUGGAGCAUUGUGACUGGCUGCUCUGGGUUCAGCAAAGACGCCGUUGGCCAGUGUCUGGAGGACAGUAACAUCUUCCCUGUCUCCACUGUCAUCUCACUUGGAUUCAUCGUCAGUAUGCUGAUCUGCCUGCCGUUUGGAUAUCUCAAUCUGGAUGACAACAUGUGGUUCCAGUGGUUCUCUCUCAUUGGCCUGCUACUCUUCACACUGGAAUUUGUUGUACAAUUCUUCCUCAACAUGAUUCCUUCCUCAAAAUACUAUGUUGGCCCACACUAUGAUCCCGGACUGGAUAUGAACCGGACAGGACUUGGACCAGAAUUGCUGCCAUUUUUCAAAGUCGGUGGCCAGGGCUAUGUGUUUGGCUUGGCAACAUUUGCUUACUCCUACAUUGUGACCAUCCCAUCGUGGGUCAAUGAAAAGAAGCCGGAGGUAUCAGUCAAUAAAGCAGUGUGGGUGCCCGCCACUCUGGGACUUGUCAUGAAGCUGGCCAUUGGACUCAUGGGCGGCAUGAGCUUUUAUCUGUUGGGCAAGAACAACCAGCCCCUGAAUGGCGCUGAUAACAUUCUCAUUGAGCUUCUCCACCCAAGGAUGCCUGCAGUCACCCAGUACUCUGCUUACCUGUGGAACUUGACCACUCUAAUCCCCGGCAUCCCCGUGUUGGGCAUCUACGUGCGCUACAAUCUCCUGUCUGGAAAGGUCUUUGGACCCGUCCAGUCUGCAUUCUGGGGUGUGGUAGCACCGUGGAUUGUAACGUUGUUUCUCUACGAGCAGUCUGCACUGAGCGAAGUCUGCAACUGGAUUGCUCUCAUCGCUGCCGGCUUCACGAAUUUUGUUGUACCCGCCAUGCUCUACUACCGCUCCUUGACUUGGUACCCGAGCAGCGAAGAGAGAGCGGAACAAAGGACCGGCACAUCCGGGGCCUCUCCUGGGCAUAGGGAUGAUGAAGUGGCUGCUUUGCGCGAGGAAGAGCGUUUGAUCACAUCUGAUACGGUAAACGAGAUAGUUGAAUCUGGCGACCUCUACGCACAGCAGCAGCGGGUGCAUGCUGUGCCAAAGUGGCUCCGCAUCGCACCCAAGAAGCUUGCUGCUGGUAUCAGUAUCUUCUUCACGUUGCUCAGCGUCAUCACGAUCGGCUGUUACAUAUACGCAGCUGUAGCGCUGGGAUCCACCGACUGAGUUUUCCUGCAGUGUCAUAGUGAGCAGCCAGUGUCCUGAAAUGACUGUACUGCAAGUAACAUGUAUGGGGUUCAUAAUCUUCUGUCACUGUGCAGUUGUAUUUUAUACCUACUUCAACGUCGACGCCGAUUAUAUUUUGUAACAGCUGACUAUUAAUAUGAUAAGUAUAAUUAUUAUAUUGGAUUGGGCCAGCCUGCCUCUUGACACAGUAUUUUUUAGGAGCCAAGGCAAAGCACCACAUCACACUCGACACUGCUGUGCAAGCUGCUAUUUAUGAUAUGAAUUCAUCGAAGAAACAAAUCACUUCAUUAUUAAAAUAUGUUACCAUUCAUAGACCUUUAAAAACUGAAUUCAAUCUUUAGACUCUGGGCAGCAGGUCUGCUUAUCUUGAUCAAAUCACUGCUUUCUCUCUUAUUGGCACAAUGGAUCUGCUUACUGGAUGUAGUUUGGAGUAAGUUGCUUUUUUCAGAGCAAUACUUUUUAUGCAUUUCGAAAUGAGUUGGCUGAAUAGUAAUUUAUUUUUCGAAUACGCUUUUCGACUACACUUUGCCUACUCACAGUCAUUUCAGCAUAAGUACUACUUCCAGGGACCGCAGUUCAGAAGCUGUCAUGCUCAGAUCAUUCUCUGCGCCUUUCUCCCUGGUUCUUUCCUUUCUUUGUAAGGCCACACGUUUUUAUUUCUAUGUUUCUCGUCACCUGAAAAUCUAAAAACGUA